AUGACUAAAGACGCUGUUGCUGAAAAGCAAGUUGAUUUACACCAAACAACUUCAAUUGAUUCUCCAAGACCUUUGGAAUUACAAGAUGAUGUUGAAUUGAAAGAAUCACCAGAAUCAAUAAGUGAUGAUACUUCAUCAUCAUUAAACCAAAAAGUUUACCAUUCAAGAGGUGUUCAAAGAGCUGAAAAUGUUAAAGUCCUAAUGGAUACCUCUAAACAAGGUAAAUGGUUUAGAAUUUCUCUUGCUGCUUCCCUUUUAAUCUGUGCUUGGGUUUAUUCAUUAGAUGGUUCAACUACUUAUAAUUAUUCUCCAUAUGCUACAUCAUCAUUUGGUCAUCAUUCCAUGAUUUCUACUUUACAAAUUGCAACAUCAAUCAUGUCAUCAGUUUCUCAACCAAUGUUGGCAAAAUUUUCUGAUGUUACUUCAAGACCAAUCACUUAUAUUUUAACCCUUGUUCUUUAUAUGUUGGGUUAUAUCAUUGUUGCCUCAUCAAAAACAAUCAGUGCUUAUGUCAUUGGUGAAGUUUUCGUUACUAUUGGUGGUACUGGUAUUAAUUUAAUGAGUACAAUUACCGCUGCUGAUAUAACUCCUUUGAAAUAUAGAGGUUUAUUAUUAGGUAUUUUAUCAACUCCUUAUUUAAUCACAACUUGGUUCUCAGGUUUAAUUGUUGAUGCAAUCUUAGGUAAAGGUAAUUGGAGAUGGGGUUAUGGUAUGUUCGCCAUUAUCAUGCCUGUCGCAAUUGCUCCAGCUAUUGUUAUUAUGAUGUGGCUAGAUAACAAAGCUGAUAAAUUGGCUGCUGAAAAUAUCAAGAUUAAAGCCGCUGAAUCAUUAGAAAAACCAAAUACUUUCCAUUUUAGAGAAUUAACUUUUGUGGAAAAAUUAAAAUUCAUCUGGCAACAAACUUUAGAAAUUGAUUUAAUUGGUUUAAUCUUGAUGGGGUUCGGUUGGUCUCUUUUGUUAUUACCAUUCUCAUUAUAUGAAUCUGCAAAAGGUCAAUGGCACAAUCCUUCAAUGAUUGCUAUGAUUGCAGUUGGUGCUGUCUUAUUAAUCAUUUACACAAUUUAUGAAUUCUGGGUUGCUCCAUAUCCAUCAAUGCCUAAGAGAGUUUUGUUAAAUAGAACAUUCAUGACCGCUGUUUGUAUUGAUUUCUUUUACCAAUGUGGUGGUUAUGUUAGAUUAUUAUAUUUCUCUUCAUAUGUUUGGAUCAUUAAAGAUUGGUCAUAUCAAAAUUGGACUUAUUUCAACAAUACUUUAACAAUGGGUCUUUGUUUCUUUGGUGUUGUUGUUGGUUUAAUUCAAAGAUAUACUCAUCGUACCAAAUAUUUACAAUCUUUCGGUUUAGCUUUACAAGUUGUUUCAAUGGGUAUUACUUUAUGGGCUCGUUAUGAUCAUGCAUCAGAUGCUGCUAUUGUUUGGACUCAAAUCUUAAUUGGUAUUGGUGGUGCUUGUUCAGUUGUUGGUUCACAAGUUUCUUCACAAGCUUCAGUUCCUCAUCAAGAUACCGCUUUAGUUAUCUCAUUAUUAUCACAAUGGUCAUCUAUCGGUGCAGCUAUUGGCUCAGCAAUUGCUUCAGCUAUAUGGCAAGGUAAAAUGCCAGGUAAUUUGAGAAAAUAUAUGCCAUCUUCAGUUUCUGAUGAACAAGUUACUACAUUAUUUGGAUCAUUGACAGAUAUUCAUGAUUAUCCAUAUAAAUCAGAAGAAAGACAAGGUGCUAUUAAAGCUUAUUUUGAAACUGUUUAUUACCUUUUUGUUCCUUCAUUAAUUUUAACCAUUAUUCCAUUCGUUACUUCAUUAUUCCAAAAGAAUUUCUAUUUAGGUGAUACACAAAAUGCAGUUGAAUUAAGAGAAGAACAAAGAAGAAAAGAAUCAGAUAAACCUAAACCAUUCUGGAGAAAGAUUACUGAUUUCUUGGAUGAUCCAUUAAGAAAGGAAUAA